CCUACCAGAGUUAUCCAGCAUCCCUCAGCAAGUGAGACUGUUAACUAUGAUGUCAGGGCUUUUGGAUCCUCUCUGCCUGUUAAGGUUAUGGAAGCCCUGAAGAAGGCUGAUGCUGAAGACCAGCUGAGCGUUCAAGUGGAUGAAAGUGGAUGGGCCUGGCUAGUCCAUAAAGAGAGGCUGAUUAUUUGGAAGAUUGGUCAGUCUCCAGUAGCUAAGUUAUCUCUGUGCAAGGAACUGCAGCUGCCACCCAGUGACUUCCAGUGGAGUUCUAGUUUAGCAGCCAUAUCUUGUGUCAGUUCCUCAGGUGAAGCGCCUUCUCUGCAGUCUCUGGCAAUAAUGGUUGCUACCAGCGAAGGUUCUGUGCGCUACUGGCCCAAUCUUGCACAUGAAGGUUCCUAUACAGAGACUUCUACAGAUUUUGGAGGCUCUCUGUGCAGUUUCCUUACAGCAGUAAAGGGAGGAAGCUUUAUUUUAUCAUCAUCCAGAGGCCAGCUAGUUCGAUUGACACCAGAUAGUUCGGGCAAGAUUCAUCAGCAUGCCCUGCCACAGGGUCAGGGCAUGUUUUCUGGAAUUGGUAGAAAAGUUUCUUCUCUUCUGGGUAUAUUGUCUCCUGGACAUGGUGCUGUGAUUUCUAGCGUUCUUUGGGAUAAAGAGAGAUCAAGCUUUUUCAUGCUAACAAGUUCAAAUCUAAACAAAUGGGAGAUUGAUGAUUCAUCAGAACGUUAUAUUCUCAGCUGGGAUAUCAACAGGAUCCUGAAAGAACAUAUUACAGAUGCAAUUUGGGGUUCUGAAAGUAACUAUGAAGAUAUUAAAGGAGGAGUAAAUAUACAAUACAUGGAUUUGCAACGGAAUUGUGAUGGUCUGGUGAUACUUGCUGCAGCAUGGCAUCCUGGAGAUAGUCCGUGUCUUGUGUAUUACACUCUGGUAACAGUAGAAGAUAAAGGCUACCAGAUGUCUGAUGACGUUGUUGUGGAGGUCACACAGUAUAAUCCAUCUUUUCAGUCAGAAGAGGAAGUGUUGUGCUGUCUGGUAGUCCCGGAUUACUUUAGCCAUGCUGCUUACCUCUACAAGGAAGAUGAAGUGUUUGCUUGUUCCACUGGAACUGGAAGAAUUUCUUUACCACAAGAGAAAAUAAUAUUUGGCAUUCAAGGUGAUAGCAUUUUAGGAGCAGGUUCCUGUACUGGCCUCCCUAUCUUCUUUACCAAAAAAAGUGGACUUAUCACCAUCUUGUCCAGGGAAAACACUUCUGUGCUUCCUGAAGACCUUGAAGAUUCCCUGUCCUCUUUUGUUGCUGGACCAAGAAGUGAGAGUCCUGCGUUUGACAUUGCCAGUAGGCUAGAAAUUAUAGCUCAAGAAGAUAAGACUAAAUUACUGAAAGCUGCUUUUCUACAGUACUGCAGGAAAGAUCUAGUCAAUGCACAAAGCAUGGUAGCUGAGCUCUUUCCAAGUAAUACAGAUCUGGAUUCUGACGCUGAACUGGAUAGGGCAGUGACUCAGAUCAGUGUGGACUUAAUAGAUGAUUACCCUGCCUCUGAUCCAAGAUGGGCUGAAUCUGUACCUGAAGAAGCGGCUGGUUUCAGCAACACAUCUCUCAUUCUUCUCCAUCAGCUAGAGGAUAAGACAAAAGCACACACCUUCUUCAUCGAAUUUCUUCAUCAGGUUGGUGUCUUUGAACGUCUGGGUGUUUUCCCAGUACGAGGGAUGCCGAUGGCAACUCGAUUGUUGCUCUGUGAGCACGCAGAAAAACUAGCAGCAGCUAUCAUUCUCAAGAAUCACCACUCCAGGCUGCCUGAUCUAGUGAAUGCUGCUAUACUGAUGGCAUUAAACAAAAGGGAGUGUGACAUUCCACCAAGUCUUACUGCUGCAGAUGUGUUCUUUCGCGAGGUGUCCCAGAUAGAUUCCGUCUUUGAAUGCUUACUAGAAGAAGAGGAACAAAUCCUGAAAGAUUUGCCCAUUGAAUCAAUUGAGUGGGCACAGAUAGUUGUGAAUGUGAACAACAUAAUUAAGGACAUGCUACAGGCUGCCUGUCAGUAUCGUCAAUCUAGAGCCUCUUUAUAUAAAGCAGGAGAGCUUCCAGAAAGAGAACCUGAAUAUAUUCCAUGGACAGCAUCUAGUGGCCUUCGUACAGCAAUAAUACGUCAGCAUGGAAUCAUUCUGAAGAUGGUGUAUCCCCAGGCGGACAGUAACCUCCGUAGCAUUGUGGCUGAACAGUUGGUGGCACUACUGGAUUGUUUCCUAGAUGGCUAUGUUUCUCAGCUGAAAUCUGUGGACCGCCCUGCUGAUCAAGAGAGAUACAGCAAUGUAGAAAUGGAAUAUGUGCAGAAGAGGUCAGAACUCUUGUUACCCCUCCUUUCCCUGGGACAGUAUCAGAUGGCAGCUGCUUUAGCAGAGAAGUACUGUGACUUUGAUAUCCUGGUGCAAAUGUGCGAGCAGACAGACAACCAGCCCAGAUUACAACGUUACAUGAGCCAGUUUGCAGAUCAGAAUUUUUCAGAUUUCCUGUUUCGCUGGUAUUUAGAAAAGGGAAAGCGAGGGAAGCUGCUAUCUCAGCCUAUUGCUCAGCACGGACAGCUGGCCAGUUUCUUGCAAGCUCAUGAGCAUCUGAGCUGGUUACAUGAAAUCAAUAGUCAGGAUUUGCAAAAGGCUCACAGAACCUUGCAGACUUUAGCAAACAUGGAGACUCGAUAUUUUGCAAAGAAGAAAACACUCCUUGGCUUGAGCAAAUUAGCUGCACUGGCAUCUGAUUUUUCAGAAGAUAUACUGCAAGAGAAAAUAGAAGAAAUAUCAGAACAGGAACGCUUUCUGUUACAUCAGGAGACACUUCCUGAACAAUUACUGGCAGAGAAACAGUUGAACCUCAAUGACAUGCCAGUGUUGUCUGCAUCUCAGCUCAUUGAUGUAAGUAUCUGA